ACGUGGGCUGGGGCCCGCCGCGGGACCGGCCGCCGCCAUGCAGAGGGAGGAGAAGCAGCUGGAGGCAUCGGUGGAUGCCCUGCUGAAUCAAGUGGCCGACCUGAAGACCUCCCUGGGGAGCUUCAUCUACAAGUUGGAGAACGAGUACGACCGGCUCACCUGGCCCUCGGUCCUGGACAGCUUUGCCUUGCUCUCCGGACAGCUGAACACCUUGAACAAGGUGCUGAAACAUGAGAAGACACCGCCGCUUCGCAACCAGGUCAUCAUCCCCCUCGUACUGUCCCCGGACCGGGAUGAGGACCUCAUGCGGCAGACCGAAGGCCGGGUCCCGGUGUUCAGCCACGAGGUGGUUCCCGAUCACCUGCGAACCAAGCCUGACCCAGAGGUGGAAGAGCAGGAGAAGCAGCUGACCUCAGACGCGGCCCGGAUCGGGGCAGACGCAGCCCAGAAGCAGAUCCAGAGUCUGAACAAAAUGUGCUCGAACCUCUUGGAGAAGAUCAGCAAAGAGGAGCGAGAAUCCGAAAGUGGAGGUCUCCGGCAGAACAAGCAAACGUUCAACCCAGCCGACACCAACGCACUCGUCGCAGCUGUGGCUUUCGGGAAGGGGCUGUCUAACUGGAGGCCCGCGGUGGCCGGCGGCCCCGGUCAGCCCGGCCAGCCCGGCACCGGGGGCAUGAUGGCGGGAGGCUCGGGCCUGCAGCAGCAGCAGCAGCAGGUCCCCAUGGCGGGGGCCCCCGGCCAGCAGCAGCAGCAGCAGGCCCUGCUCGCCGGGGUGCAGAUGGCUCAGGCGGGCCAGCCGGGGAAGAUGCCAAGUGGCAUAAAAACCAACAUCAAGUCAGCAUCGAUGCACCCUUACCAGCGGUGAGGGAGCGUGGGAGGAGCCAGGCCUGACGCUACUCCUCCGACCAGGACGCGGCCCUACAGCGGCACCUGGGAUCCUGGAUCUCUGGGGAUGGGAGUGCUACGGACGGCCUGGUGUCCACCCUCCCGGGACCGCUGCUGCCGGCCUGCCUGGGACGCGAAACCGCCCUUCUCUGCACCUCGGGCAGGCCGACGAUUUCCCUACCCCGGCCAGGUUUGUCUGUGACUGCCUCCAGGGGCUCUCCCACCCAGAGCGUCCACGGUGGGGCUGGAGGUGGGCCUGGCUCUGGGGGCCCUGGGGACGGGACCUGCCUCCCGGGGCCGACAGAGGAGAUUUCCUCGGAUAUUGAGGUGGGAAGAUGGCACCGACUUAGGGCCCCUGCAAGAUCUCACCCCAAAGCUAACCUCCUCUUUCUCCCUCCUCCCUCACCCCCUUGCCAUCCUCCUCCUCUUCCUCCUCCUCCUGAGUCUUUCCAUUCUGGCUGUCAUGGGGCAGAGUCCAGAGCACGCCGGCAGCAGCCAGCAGAGAGCAGCAGAGCCCGGCCUCUCCCGCCGGUGCCACCCACCCGUGGCAUGCCGAGCCAAUCUGGCUGCCAGAGGGUGGGAGGAAAUCCUGCCUCUCAGGAAAUCCCGGAGGCAGAGCGAGGGUUUAUUUAUCUCCGCUAACCUGGCUGGCCGAGGGGCGGGUGGGCAGGCCGACCCUCACCUGUGGCUCUGACCGGGAUCCUACGGUUCGGGCGUCCGGCCUAAACAAGUGUCUUUCCAGGCCCAAGCCCGGAAGGUCUGGCCGCCCUCGCACGGAUCUGGGCAGGCCCCUAGCCGAGGUGGCAGAUGGGAGCCAAGGGACAAACCUCGGUAUUUGGGGGGUCUGGCCGAGCCGGGGGCUCCCUGGUGUUGGAGUAACCAACGGGGCUCAAUGUCUCGGGGCUAGUCCCGCCUCCUCCAGUUGGUCUUGGGCAAGGGGGGCGGGGGGCAGCGAGCCUCCUUCCUCCUCGCCCCCCCGGGUCCUCCCCUCUACCCUCCCCAUCACCUGGCCGACCAGGCCCCAUCGCUCUUUCCUAAUCUGAGCUUGCCAACUUCUGGGACAGAGGGCAGGGUGUGAGGCAGGAAAGAAUCUGGGGUGGGGGGGCUGCCUUUCCUGGGAUCCAGAGCGCAAGAAAGCGGGCUUUGUGACACAAGUAGAACCAAGAGGCAGGCUCACUGCAUUCCAAGGUGUGGGCAGUGCCCCGAGACAGCCCCUGCCUGUCUGUCCACCCGCCCGAGAGCCGAGGGCUGGCAGGGUCCGCCCUUAGGUCUGGCCUGCCUGGGCCCGGGCAGGUCCAGUCAAGGACAGAGUGAGAGCCCCCUCCUGAGCGUUGGGCACCCGCUAGCCUGGUUGGGGGCAGCAGCGUGGACGUGGCCCCGAGUGUCCGGCCAACUCUCCUGCUUGGCCUCGCCUCCGUGGUGAUCUCACCUGCUCACGGCUCAAGAGCUCAGCCAGAUCUCUUUCCCCAGUUGGACAGGAAAGCCAUUUCUCAAUGGCCAGGGGCUAUGACUCACUCCCAGCCGGGUCCCUCCCUCCCACUCCCCACCCCCCCCAGUGAAGAAGUCCCUGAAGCUCCCAUCCAGACCAGGUGGGAGGGGACUGUGCUCCAGGCAAGGGAGGGGAGAAAGGUGUCCUUAGCAGAGCACUUGCCCUGCUGAGGGCGAGGGUGAGGGCAGGUGAGGGCUCCCUUUUCCCCACCUGCUUAGACCUGCCAGGUGGAGUCUGCACACGCCGCCCAGCUCUGCCCAUCUUUAUGGCCCACCGUCUCUUGCACUCCAUCAUCCCCCCCACCCCCUUCCGGGUUCUGGCCUGGUCUCUCCCGUCGGGUACCUUCAAGGCCUCCGCCAGAGCUUCACUGGCCCAAGUGGCCACCACCCUUCCCCCCAGCCAAUCGCCGCGGCAUGCGGAAUUGAACUCCCCAGGCCGGGCCACGGGGGCAUCGGUAAUUGCUGGUGCUGGCUUCAUGGGUGAUAAAUGAGCGUGGAUUUAAGGCGGGGGUGGUGGUGGGGAGUGGAGGGGGUGAUGCUUCCCCACUACUUCCCCUUUCCCUCUUCCUUGGGUAUCCAUCCACGCAUCCCUCCUUCCAGCUCUGUUUCCCUGCCCCUCCUUUUCCAUCGUAAAUGUCCAAUAACAGGCCAACCACUUGUUAAGUUGUGAAACACUAACACAGCUGUCCUCGUCUGCCCUCCCCCACCCAAAAAAACAAAAAACUGCUCUUGUUUGGUUGGUUGUGCCAUCCCCACACAUGACGUUUUUCUUGAAAAUAAAGCAAAUUUCACAUGCA